AUGGAUUUUAAACCCAUAAAUGAUUUACCAGAAUCAACAUAUUCAGAAUAUGCUUGUUUUGAUGUAUUGCGUUUAGCUACAGUACGUGGAGCUGAAUUAGCAUCUUUUGAAUCUAGUGUCAAUGUUUUAACUAGCACUGCACUUACUGGACUUCAACGACUACCUGUUCGUUUACGAAGACGCGCUGCAAGUCAUCGUAUCAAUAGAUUACCUCGUCGUUUUCACAAACAUCAUCAUCUUGCAAACCCUAAUGAGAAUGGUUCGAAGUCUGGGACAUUUCAAACUAAAAAUAAAUUGAAAUCUCGCCGAUAUCGUCGGCGUACAUUACGUCUUUUAGCUUUACAUGCACGUUUUAUUACAACAAAUAAACAUAAUAACCAUUUAAAAAAGGAAAAAUCAUUCUGGUUACCAACACAUAUAUGGCAUGCUAAACGAUUUCAUAUGAUUACAAAAUGGGGUUGGCGUUUACCUUAUGCACCAACGAAUAAAAUAUUCAAAGCAUGUUAUAGAGCAUCUCAUAAUGGUUGUUUAUUGUUUGACUUCAGUUAUCUUAAUUGUUUUCAAAUAUACGGACCUGAGAAUAUGUUAGUGAAAUGUUUAAAUAAUAUAUUUCAAUUAGAUUAUCAAGUUGAUUCUUGGCUUCCUGAAUUGUCCAACAUGAAAACUCCUUUAUGGUCAUGUGAACAAACUGGAAUUUUAUACGCAACUGAUAAAUAUGUUAAAGAUAUUUCUCGUCCAGUACUUGGACCUGUUCGUAUUCUAUGGGGUUCAUUAAAUUCACUAAACGAAGGCUUUCGUCAUAUUUGGUUAUGGCUUCACCCAGCAAUGUCUACAUCAGCUUGGGAUUUACUACAAACUUCUAUUAAAGAAGUCAAUUCUUUAAAUGAUACACAAUGUACACUUGAACUAGAUGAUGUAACUGGUUACUUUUGUCGUCUUCGUUUAAUUGGUCGACAAUCACAUGGAUUAAUCAGUGAUAUUAUUCAAUUGAAAAAUGGUAAUACACUUGAUGAAAAUUGGACAUCUUGGAAUAAUCUUUCCACAAAGAUACGUGAAGCUGUCUGUGUCCCACCGGGACUUGUUAUCAGUCUACAGGAUUGUGAAAAUUUCCGUUCUAAUAGGCCACGUUUGAAAAUUCGUAAUCGAAAUUGGUCUAUCAUGCCAAUCAAAUUAAGUGACAAUGAUCCUCAAAAUCAGGACCGAUCACGUACGAUUGAAUCGUUAAAUAACAAAUCUGGUUUCGUACUACCUUCUGGUAAACAAUUAUCUUGGUUAGAUAUUGAUAAAUUCUAUCCAAAUCACACUAAUUCACCUGAUCAACUACUUUCAACAAAAAUUAAUCUGGAAACUAAAAAAAACAGCAUAGAUGUUGUUUUGAUCCAGAAUAGUACACCGUCAUUGAUUCGUUCGUCACCUGAAACUGUUGGUUGGGAUAUAAUAUUACGACGAAAUUUUCCACAGUCAGAAAAUGAUUUAUUACUUCGUGGUUCUUUAACAGCGCGUGAUUUUCUCAUAGCUUGUGUUUAUCGAGGAGCUGAAGUUGGAGGUCUACGAGAUUUAUAUUAUUGGGCUGGACUUGGAACAUGUGCAGGUGGACGUUUUGAUUCAUUUCCGGAAACUCUAUGGCCUGAUACCUUAGCUGGUCGGAAAUCUGCAGAAAUUGUCACUAAAGAGAAGUUAGAUAAAUUUAUUCGUCUUCCAAGUAAUUUACGCCCUGAUUUUACUAAAUUCGGUAUUACUUGUCCAUUUGUUUAUCCGUGGUCUGAACUUAUUGCACAAAAUUCUAUACGUGUUGGAAAAACAACAGAUUCAAUUGUUUCAUCAACAAUUUCUAGCAAUGAUAAUGUAAUUACAUCUAGUUCAGUUAAUAAUAAUAAAUGGUUUGUUCUUCGUGAACCAGGAUUACUUCGUCUAGUUGUACAUAGAAUGAUCGUUGGAGAAAAUCGUGCUAAAUUAUCAUUACAACAAUUGUAUAAUUAUAAUUCAUUACUUUUAAAUGCAAUUAUUCUAGUUUAUUUGAAAACUGAACACCGAGGUGUACCACAGGAAUAUGCGCGUAUUUACGCAUUCUAUCCUGAUGAAUUUACUAGAAAAAAUUCAAGAGAGGAUAAUAGUAAUCCUGUGACUAAUUCAGCUGAUGAUAAGGAGUCUCCACAGAACUCUCAUCGUCUUCUAAUUGGCUAUGUUCAAGAUGGUGGUUAUGGUCAGUCAAUAGGUCGUGGAAUUGGAUUGGGUUUUAUCAGUUUAAGUGCUUUAUCAAAUGCUUUAAAUUUGAUUAACACUACCAAAAGAAUAAAAUAUUGCAUUCAAAAUCCUACGUCACAUCAAUCCUAUACUGUCAGACUUUCUGUAGUGAUUUAA